UUACUUAAACUAUUCACGAUAUCACCAGAUGAGAAAUCGCCAAAGAAAAGAAUUUGGGAUUCAUUUCCUAGUGAUGUUCAAGAAAUAAUGGCUCCUCUUCUUUCAUCAUAUUACAAGAAAUCUGUAGGACCGACUGUACAGAUGCCUCAUCCCAUAAUUGGGUCAAAAUAUGGCAUGACAUUGAAUGAUUGGGCCUGUAAUUGGACAUUCACAGUGUUGGAAAGCGUUAAUACUCCCUUUAUUCAGGCAGUAUUUGAAGCCUGUACAAUAAGUCUGAAACGAGAUUUACAGACACUGCUAUUCUUCAUGCCGUACAUUCUGUUACACGCUGUUCUGUCUGCUUCACCUGCUGAUCUGAAUUGCUUUUUGGAAGAGAUGAUAGCUGUGUUAGAUACUAGCUCUCAUAUACCACAGUCAAGCCCUGGUGAUGAGCAACCAUCAUAUGCACUUCAUUUGUCGGGAUGUGGAACAGUUUCAGCAGAAGGCUUGAAUGUAGACACACGAAUGAUGUGUGCCAAAACUGUGUUCACUCUGAUAGACUUCCUGUGGCGUUUUAUGCGAGAGUGGAUUUCUGCCUAUUACUUAUCUUCUACACAAAAAGAUGAUCCUGUUUAUAAUGCUGUUAAAGGUGUGUCAUGUUUGAGAGGCUUAUUGACCAGGAUAGUAAGAUUUUGAUUAUCGGACAUUCUGUUUCAGUUUUUUUGGAGGAACCUGCUGCCUCUAUAUUCAAGGUAGAAGGUUGUCCUUCUAGCUACCAGACUACAUAGCUUCACAUCCCAUCAUACUGUAAUCUCAGCACCCAUUGCAGUGCUAACCUGAAAUUUCACUUUAAAUUGUCAUCCUGUCUAGUUCAGUCUCCAAAUUGUGCUUCCAGAAUGUUGUAUGUAUGGCUAUUCUUGUACGUGUACUGUUCCUUCAAGUUGUAUGGUGUAGUUUUCAUUUAUACUCAGUAAGAUAUUUAUUUCAGGUUGCGUUUCAGUCGUCAUGUACAUGUUGAGAUGUCAUGUGAACAGUGAAGUGUACAGUAUAUGCAUUUUGAAAUGUAGCCUAUCUUCCUUUUAAGUUUGGAUUCUCCCCGUUGAAGACUCAUGAGGAGAGCUGUGUAGAUUGUUGAGAUUACACCUGAUAAUACAAGGUCUACCUAAAAGAAUUGCUGGGAUUUCAAGCAACUGUAACUUGGGAAUGAAAACAUAUGAGGAUAUUGGUGGCAAUACUUUAUUCAGCAGUUGAAACAGUUCAUUUACACACUAGUGCGGUUAGUUGCAAAACACUUCACAGUAAGUGCCAUUCAUAGCUCUGUGUGCAUUCUUGCAAUUGGUCAUCUUCCUGUCCAUUGACCUGGGAAACUCAUGGCCACACAGUCACUGACAGUAUGAACAAAAUGGACACUUGCACUGUCCAGUUGGAGGAUAAGAUUCUUGUUGAACUGCAGCAUGCCUAGCAUUGAAUUGCAUGUAAUGAUGUCCUCAUCAGGGAAAAAGUGGGUCGAUACUCUUUCAUGUGUCAGCAUGCACCACGUGUUCGCUUUAGGAGUAUCCCAUUCACAUUCUAAAUGUUCUCUGGGAGGCUGACUACUCCAAAUGAUGCUGCUAAGCUGAUAGACUCAUCCAGAGGUAUGAAAUUUUGUUUUAUCAGUGCUGGCAAUAUGACUGAAAUUAUCAUGUUCCAAAAUUUACAUGCAUGUGUGGGUCGCAGACUGUGAUCUUAGCUAUUUAUCAUGUGUUGUAAGUUUCUGGACUACCUGUAAUUUGUUUGGUUUUAGAUAUAGGCUUUUCUGAAGGAUUAUGUGGACUCUCAUUUGGAGCAUGUGCAACUCUGCGUUUGCUUGGGAGGUCUGCCUGUCCAGACCCCAUGUUGAAGCCUGCCAUCAUGAUCCUCAUUUUCAUCAGAUUUCCAAUGCUGCCGAUAGAGUGCCUUUUUCCCAUGGUCUCAGUCUCAUUAAUUUUUCAUACCAUCUCCUAAUGCUUUUGUCAUCAGAUGAUCCCACACCAUACUCAUUUACAUUAAACUCAGAUAAUGGAUUCACAUUUUUCCUAACACAACAAAUUCUGUUCAUUCUGCUGUAUGAUAGUGUACUGAUCAUGCAUAACAUACAGUCAGAGCUGCUGUCCAUUAACUACAGUUGGGGUGCACACAGCUUAUGUCAAUGAAACUGAGUUUAAAAUUACAGUAUAGGUACAAACCCAUGUUAGGUGGUCCCUUAUCACCAUGGCAAGGUGUGUCCCCAGGUUGUGGAUGGAGGAGAUGCCUUCCAAGUAUGGAGGGAAGCUCUGAAUAUAUUGAAUAAGAAGUC